UAUAUUUUGCUUUGUUAGUUUGGUUUCGGUUUCACUUUCUUUAAGCUUUUGCCAUUUUUCUUCUUCCUGGUUGGUUUUCUUCUCUCUAAUCUGUGUUUUCUUCUUCUAAUGGCUCCUCUUUUCCUUUGUUUCUGCCUUUCCUUUCUCCUACUUUUACUCUCUCCUAUUCCUGCCCUCUCCACAAACUCUGAAGGAAAUGCUUUGCAUGCUCUGAGAAGCAAACUCUCGGACCCCACAAAUGUGCUGCAGAGCUGGGACCCCACUCUUGUCAAUCCUUGCACUUGGUUUCAUGUUACCUGUGAUUCCAAUAGCCAUGUGAUCCGUUUGGAUUUGGGAAAUUCUAACAUUUCUGGGACUUUGGGGCCAGAACUUGGCAAACUCAAGCAUCUUCAGUACUUGGAACUUUAUAGGAAUGAUAUAAGUGGAAGAAUCCCAAAGGAGUUGGGCAAUUUAAAAAAUCUCAUUGGCAUGGAUUUGUAUGACAACAAAUUUGAAGGAGAAAUUCCAAAAUCUUUUGCCAAAUUGAAGUCACUCAAAUUUCUGCGACUAAACAACAACAAGCUAACAGGAUCAAUUCCAAGGGAGCUCACUACUCUAUCUAACCUUAAAGUCUUUGAUGUCUCUAGCAAUGAUCUGUGUGGAACAAUACCUGUUGAUGGCCCUUUUACCACAUUUCCAAUGGAAAGUUUUGAUAACAACAGACUCAGCGGCCCGGAGCUGAAAGGAUUGGCGCCGUACGACUUCCAAUGCUGAAGAGCGCUAGAAGGAUUUUAACAUUGUAUUAUAAAAUAGGUUGAUGGUAAUAUACUUAGCUAUGUUACACAUCUAGUAAACACUGGCUAUGUUACACAUCUAGUAAACACUGUUAUAAAUGUGUGGUUAUGAAAGUGGCAAAAGUUGCAAACCAAAAGAAUAAAAUAAUUAUGGGUUUGAGACCUCCCACUCUAGAUUUUGCACAGGAACUUCGUGUUGGAUUAAUUGAGUUCUCUUUAAUCUGAAGAUUGGGAUUGGCUUUAUAACCUUUGAGCUUUGCCUGAGUUUGCUGGCAUGGCCGAGCUGAAAGCUGGAUUGAUUUACGUUUCUUAACAUAGAAUAGUUAGCAUGUAAAUCCAGCUACACUGAGACAAAAUGUAAACAUAACAGUUGAAGGGAUGGA